AUGGGGGUCGAAGAAAAAUACAACGCAGUCAGAUCGCGGCUAGACGCGUUUGGCUACAAAGCUCCUCUCGGAAUCGACAGUAUUCCUCUCGUCGAGCGUCUUUUCGCCGAUCUGGUCCACACAACUGAAUCGCUCAAAAAGGCGCGGAUGAAACCGCUUCCUCUCCACGAAACACAGCCAACGGUUACGACGAGUAGCUUUGAGGAAACAGUGGAGCCGUUCAGACAGGACAACUCGCGAUUGAUGAGCGAAAAUAAUGAGCUUCAUAAAAACAUUGUCUCGAUCAAGGAUAAACUCGUGGAAACAUCGGCCAACUUUCAGCAGCGUGGUCGAAAGCUUCAAAAUGAAAACUCCGAUUUGCGUUUUCUCAACACGCAGUAUCUCAUGAAAAUCAAACAGCUGGAAAAAGAGGGAUACGCCAAGAGCGAAAAGCUACGUAAGUUACAGGAAGCAAGCGCCACUGCAAUCGUUACAGAGACUGGAAAGAAGAGCAGCACGACCACGCGAAGACAGAGAAUAACGCUCGACAAUACUCUUCCAUUUUCCGAAUUCAAGGCGACGCCGAUUCCAGCUGCCAAUGAUCUCUACGUCGCUGAUGUACUCAAAAUUGCAGAGCAGCGAUGCAACGCGCUCGAGGGCGAAUGUGCCAAGCUCCGUGAUGCGAAAAAAGAGUCCGACGACAGGCUGAAGUAUCUGAGGAAGCAAAAGGAACUCACUGAAACGGAAAACGAGCGGCUUCGACGACAACUCUCUGGUGGCCGCCCCGAAGCAGCGAUAACGAUUGAUGCAGCGGCUAAGCAGUCUGAAAAGGUCAUUUCUCAGUUGACCCUCCAGCUAGAACUGGCUCAGGAAGCCCAAAUUGAGGCAGAAGAGUCGGCCGAAUCACUCAAUCUUGAAAUUGAAAGCCUCCGCUCUAAGAAUGACAAACUUAGAGCAGAGGUCAAUGAAAUCGGCCAAAUGGCAACUGCGUUGGAGAAAGAACGACAACUGGCCGUCGCUAAAGCCGAUAAUAACUCGACUCUUGUAGAGAAGCAAACCUUGGAACGAAAAAUCCGAGGGUUGGAAGACGAGUUGACGGAAAUGUCGGCCAAGCUCGGUAGAGAGAGCGAAAACUCGGAGCGUCUUCAGCGAUUGCUAAGCGACAUUGAGCCUGGAGAAGAUAUUGUUGCGCUGAGAAAGGAGCGAGACUUUUACCAGGAUGCAUAUCGAACGAUUUCGGCGAGAAAUGGCGGCCUUGGUGAUGAAGUCGUGACGCCAGAGCGGGUAGAAGCGAUUGUUCUCGAGCGAGACGCAGCCCGAAAAGAAGUGAUCACGCUUCAACGACAGUAUGCCGAGGUAGCAGCCAAUGUGAAAGUGUUGCAGCAAGAGCGAGACCGAUUGGAGCUCAGCUUCGCUGAGUCCAACAACGAACUUGCGACCCUCCGACGCGAAGUGAUCACAAACUCGCCGAGCAAAGGGCGAAAAGCACCAGGUCAAUCCUCCGACGAGGCAAUUCUCAAACGACUCCAACAAGAGCGCGACAGAGCCGUCAAUGAUUUGAGAAAACUCGAAUGCGAGCGCGACACGCUCCUCGAACAGGUCAAAAUCAACCGAGAGAACAAAAUCAUCGAUACAGUGACGCUCGAGCAAAGUGUCGAGGACUUAGAAAAUCGAGCCCGUCUCCUCGAAAAUGAACGACGAGAACUUCUUAUGGCGCAGUCGGCGAUGAAGUCCAAGCUCGAGGAGGCACAGGCUGAUGCUUACAGAUUGAAAAAUGCAAAUGAAUACCUCAAAGCUGAGGCGGAAAAAGUCCGAUGCGAUCUUGACGAGGUUCAUUUGUUGCGAUCCCAAGCCGAUUCUACUAACCGAGAAAUGAUGCGAGUUCGAUCAAAGCUUCAAUCGGAGUUCGAUGCCGAAGUCGAAAAGAACAACGCUCUGGAAGGCCGAAUGCAAGUCCUAGUCUCCAACAACACCGAUCUAAGCCAAGAAAACGCCAAGUUGCGGAAUACAGUAACCACGCUCGAUCGCGAAAAAGAUGCGUUGACAAUUGCGCUUGAUGAGAAAUCAGAACGACUGGUGAAGCUGGAGAAAAGUGCAAAAACUAGCGAACAUAGUUCUGGCGAGCAAAAAACGCUCAUCGCGAAUUUAAAGCAGGAAAUCGAGCUACUUCAUGAUCAAGUUGAUGAUUUAGAGAGAAAGCUUUCUCAAGCGAGAAAACAACUGGAAGAGAAGCGCUCCAUCGAAAGCGAUCUCAUCGCGUCGCGUGAAAACGCAUCCCGAGAGAAACGACAACUGGCAGAAAAGGUUGAUCUUCUGGUAGGUGAGAACGAAGCGUUGACUAAAGAAUUGGGCAUUGCUGUCGAACAAAGAGACGAUUAUAAGAGCAAGAUCGAAACCGACGAUGAAAAAAUAAACGGCAUCGAAGUGCAACUCACCCAUUCUCGUCGCGAGCUGACAGUAUUCAACGAUAAAAUCGCCGAACUAGAAGCAACGAAUCAAAAGCUAACGACCGAUCUCAGUACGGUAAUCAGCGAGUAUGAGGCAAUGUCUAGACAUUUGGAGAAUACAGAAAAUGAAAAGACGCAGUUGUCGCAAAAAGCGAUUGAACUGGAAAAUGAAAUUGUGGAGCAUCUUCAUGCUUCGAAAGUCAACGAAGGUAACAUUGGCGAACUUUCAUCGAAUGUUCGUCAAUUGGAGGAGCUUCUGCAGCACAAGACAGACGAAUGUACGGCUCUGCAAUCGGCUCUUGAAGGAUCCAGGGAUCUCAAUGCCAAGUUACAGUCUACUUCUGACAAUACUACAAGGGAGAUCGCCUUGCAUUUGGAACAUAUCACCGAAAAGGAAGCCGUAGCAGAAGAUCUCCGGGAGACCAUCGCAGGCCUAAAGCGACAGCUGGGCUCUGCUGAAGAUACAGUUCGCACCUUGGAACAGACGAUACGCACCCUUCGCGAGCAGCAAUACGCCAAUGAGCUUCUCAAGUCGGAGCUUGAGGCAGAUCGAGACGUUCAAAUUGAAAAGGCAAAGAUCGCAGCCGCGCGCUCCGACGCCGCGGACGAGGAUCGAAUUGAAUUGAGAAGCAAAGUCGCUGACGCUGAUCAAGAAAUCGAGUCCUUGAAAAGACAAAUUACAGACCUCAAGUUUCAAAGCGAAAAAACGAAUCAAAAACUGCGCCGACUUCAAGGACAGGUUCAGAACCAAAGUCUCUGA